AUGUUGGACAGAGUAGCACUCUUCUCACGGCACAGAAUACAUACGUAUACCCGAGAGAUCUAUAGAGUACAUGAAGUAGAAGAAACACCCAGUAGUACGUAUAUCUCCAGGUGGCUCGUGGGGUCGACGCUCUGUAGAAAAAUUAAAACUGUAAAGUGGGCCACACAUCGAUACCAAGAUGGAUGUUCACGAACUACUAUAUGUACAAAAUAUUUAUACCAAGAUCAUGGAAUAGGGUUAUCGCGUCGUUUCUGGGCCAAAUUGAGGUCUCAUUCCAAGUCAAUGUAA